AAUUAGAUAUCUUUUUUGACUUUAUCCGAUGUUCCCUUAAACUCACAAGGGUACAAUGGUCUUUUCUCUCACAAAAAAAAAAAAAAAAAAAACGAGUCCCUAAAGUCUAUAACUGUCUAUUUAUAUCCCAUAAUCUUAAAAAUCUUCUUCAUCAUCAAACCAACUUUGGAAAAACAAACACACAACACAUAGUAUAUUACUAUCCAUGGCAUCCACAGCUACACAGCCCGAGAAGGCGGCGGCGGCGGAGCCGUACGUGGAGGUGAGAGCUCCGGCGGCGAAAGACGGGUUUCCGGUGGCCGAUGUGGUGCUGAGAUUCUUGGUGUUUGCUAGUGGUUUAGUGGCUGUUUUGGUGAUGGUUACUAGCAAAGAAACACAAGUUGUUGCCCAAAUUCCAAUUCCACCCUUUCUGGUUAGAAGAACUGCAAAAUUCAACCAUUCACCGGCUUUCAUAUUCUUUGUAGCAGCACUCUCAGUUGCAGGCUUCUAUGGCCUCAUCACAACCCUCAUCUCCCUCUUUGCUCUCCGCAAACCAGGAAGCCAUACAAGACUCAUCUCUCAUUUCAUCAUUCUCGACGUCCUAUUGCUAGGAAUCGUGGCUGCAGCGACAGGAGCAGCAGGUGGAGUUGGUUACAUAGGUUUGAAGGGCAACAAGUAUGUCCAGUGGAACAAGAUCUGCCAUGUGUAUGGCGACUUCUGCAGGCACGUUGGAGCCUCAGUUUUCGUCUCCUUGUUUGGAUCCGUCGUGCUGGCACUGCUCAUCUUGCUGUCCGUCCGAUCCCUGUCCAAGAAAAUCCCAAGACACAACCACUAACAUUGUGAAGAAUCAGAAUCAUGCUUGUGGAGGAUCAUUGGAGCCUUCUGUUGUUGUGUGUGCAUAUGUAGAUGUGUUUCUUCGUGCAAAUUUCGUGUUGUUGAGAUUGCUGUGACAUAAUUUUUCAAUAGAUUUAUGUGAUUUGUGAUAA